CAAUUACUUCAGACGGAACAGGGCGGCGUUGGCGGAGGAUGUGGAGUCCUCCUGGGAGGAGCUGCCGACACCGCCGACGACCCUGCCCGCCGGCACCGGCUGCAGCAGCAGCAGCAGCAGGGCCGCCGGGGGGACUUCGUGGGGGCAAGCCAUGCUGGGCGCCGGGGUGGGCGCGGGGGCUAAGCCGGCUAAGCCCUCCUUCGUCUCCUACAUCAGCCCUGAGGAAGUAUAUGUGAGGCAACCUAUAGAAAAAGAAGUAGAACCUCACUUGUUACCAGGUGAGCUGGUGCUUUGUGAAGCAAACAUGGUUAUGAAAUUUGUACAAGACGAUGGAUCAAAUCGUGGCACUUUUGGAAAACUUAUUUGCACAAACUUCAAGAUUUCAUUCCUUGGAGAAGAAUCCACUUUAGAGGAAGAACCGCAGUUCAAAAAUAAAAUCUUGGAAGAAAAUGACGUAACCCUUCAAUGUGUAGAUCAACUUUAUGGAGUUUAUGAUGAGAAAAAGAAACCCUUAAGUGGUCAACUGAGAAAAUAUCCAGAUACAAUAAUCAUCUACUGCAAAGAUCUUAGAGUGUUUCACUUCUGUUUAAGGUAUACCAAGGAAGAAGAAAUUAAAAGGAUUGUCAGUGGCAUAGUUCAUCAAACACAGACCCCUAAACUAUUUAAACGCUUGUUUCUGUUCUCUUAUGCAUCAGCUGCCCCAAAUGAUUUAGAGAACGAGAAUCAAGUGGUAUGGUUUGAUUCUAUUAAAGACUGGCGUCAAGAAUUGGAGCGGACCAAAGGAAAUCUAAAAUUCAAAGCAAUGAAUGCCAAUGAAGGUUAUAAAGUCUCUAAAAAGUUGCCUGCUUAUUUUGUUGUUCCAAUGGCUAUUUCUGAAGAGAGCAUUUUGCAGUAUCAAGGAAGAGGAAUUCCAAUUUGGUGUUGGUCUUGCCAUAAUGGCGCUGCUCUCCUCAAAAUGUCAACUUUUGCCAAAGAACAAGAUGACAACACUUCCCAGCUGCAUAGACUAUUCUUGGAUGGAAUGUAUAGAACAAUUGAUAAGCCUCCAUAUGAAGCAUUGAAAACUGAAGACCUUUCAAGCAGCCUUCCAUCUUUGCAAGAAAUCCAAGUUGCAUACACUAAAUUUAAACAGCUGUUUUUAAUAGAUAACAGUGCAGAAUUCUGGGAUACUGAUGUAAAAUGGUUUUCACUGUUAGAAAGUACAAAUUGGCUAGAAAUCAUAAGGCGAUGUCUGAGAAAAACAAUAGAUAUUAUUGAAUUACUUGAAGUACAGAGCACAAAUGUUCUUCUUCAAGAGGAAAAUGCUUCUGACCUCUGUUGUGUGAUCUCCUGUCUGGUUCAAAUUAUGAUGGAUUCAUACUGUAGAACAAAGCUGGGAUUUCAGAGCCUUAUUCAGAAAGAAUGGAUCAUGGGAGGACAUGCUUUCUUGGAUCGCUGUAACCAUCUGCGGCAAAGUGAUAAGGAAGAGGCUCCAGUUUUCUUGCUGUUCCUGGACUGUAUUUGGCAACUAGUUCAGCAGUAUCAACCAGCAUUUGAAUUUACAGAAACAUACCUUACUGUUCUGUCUGACAGCCUUUACAUCCCCAUAUUUAGCACCUUCUUCUUCAAUUCUCAACACCAGAGAGACACCACUACGUAUGGAGGAAGUCUUGAUACAGAAGGCAGCAAACUUAAUUUUCUUUCGGUUUGGGAUUGGUCUGUUCAGUUUGAACACGAGGCUCAAGCUUUGCUUAACAACCCUCUUUAUGCAGAAAAGCCAAAACUAGAAAAAAGUCAGAAAAAAGCUUCACGAUUCAAGCAUCAGCGGCAACUCUCUUUGCCCCUGACACAAGCAAAACCUCCUCCAAGAAGGGGAUUUUUUAAGGAAGAAACAGAUCAGUUAAUUAAAAACAUCUUGGGCAAAAGAAUCAGCAGGUUGAUAACUUCUUCUGAUGAACUUCAGAAUAGUUCCAGAGAAUUCUAUGACAGGUGGCACAGUAAACCUGUUGACCUUCAUGGACUCCUCCUGCCAUGUCUAGAAGGACCAGAAAUCAAAGUAUGGGCACAGAGGUAUUUACGAUGGAUUCCUGAAGCUCAGCUCCCUGGUGGAGGCACAGUUGCCACUGCCACAAAUGUCUUAAAUCUAAUGGAAGAUGUACAGGGUUUGCAGAAGAAAAUAGAUGAGAGGCAUCGUCAGGCUGAGUCUCGUGAUGAUACUGAAGCUUCUCCCUUUAUGAGAAAUCCUGCUCGUUUGUCUUCGUUAUUUCCCUUUGCUUUGCUUCAGAGACAUUCCCUUAAACCAGUUUUGCCUACCAGCAUUUGGAAAGACUUGGAAGGUGAAGAGGAUUUGGCCAGGAGAGAUGAUGAGUAUGUUGAUCUAGGUGGUGAUUAAUGUAACACUUCUUUUCAAUUACAGAAUUGAACCAUAUUUCUGUUCAAUUACGGGAAUAAAAUUGGUUUCAGGGAGGCACAUAAUGUCCUUUGGGUUGUAUUCUGGCUUAAAGAUAAUUAGUGAAGUUUUAAUACAGAAUGGUCUCCACUUGGAUGUAUUUUCCAUAGACAUUGGGGAGGGGGAGGGUUACAAUAGCCUUAUUCUUAAUUAGGUUCUUCUGCCACAGGAAGGAAGAUCACUUUUUUAUUAUCAGUAAGAACCUACAGCAGCAGGAUUAAACAAAAAUGAUUUUUUUUCUCUAGCAAGAAUCUGUUCUAUUUCUUACCCCUCCCCCCCCCAACCCCAAAUAAAUGAGAGUUUUAUCUCUCUACUCCCAAAAAGUGAUAGUUGAGCAUCAUGGGAAAAAUUCAGAUGUUGAAAAUAUCAAGAAAGAUCUAUUGGAGCCUGCCUACUUCAAUUUUAAUAAGUGGUGGCAUCAAAUGUUCAUACGCGAAUGGAAACAGCCUAGUCUGGGAAGUCAUCUAUUUUAUCCUUGAUAAAACUGAUCUUUAUAAUGAGAAUCUUAUUUUUUUAAAGUAGUUUGAAAUUGUUGGUUGUUUAAAAUUUGAGCUUGAGAAAUAAAGAGUAAAGACAAAUCCUUUUUGUUCUGAUCAUCCUCUUUAGGAUUCUAACAUUUUCAUAAAACAAAUGGUCUUGAGUUCAUCUCAGCCUUACUACGUAGAUGGUCUCUGCUUGUUGUGCAUUUUCUGAUCAGUGGUGACUUCAGGUAAUUUAUUGCCCAGUACAAGAAGCAAAGGAAUUUAUAAGAUAUCAAUAAACUAAAAUCGUGUUUGUCAAUUUUUUUGUAGCAUUCUUAUGUUGAUCUUCCUCACCAGUGCUAGUAGAAGCUUGCACUGAACCUUUAAUCCUUCUGUUAGGAAGGCAUUCAAAGAAAUGAAACUGGACUUGUCAUCCAGUAUUUGUGCUUUCUUAAAGCAUGGCAUUAAAGGUAAUAAUGAAUGUAGAGUCUGCACGUUGGAAUCUGAUUAUAGAAUGUUGCUACAAUAAUACUGCAGUUAACAAAAGCCAUACAAAAAUACUCAUUAAUCCUGAUCUGCUUAUUUUAAAGAGAUAGACUUGUCAAAUGAACUUCAACAUCUAAGUGUCAUAAAAAACAAACAUAAUUCAAAAUUAGACCUAAUGCACAGGAUAGAACUGAUUCAUAAAGGGAUAAAUUGAUAAAGAUACCGAUAGUACAACUUUCACCAACACUUCCACUUCUUGAUUAUGCUGGUUAAAACAGUUACCUAAUAUAGUCAGCUGUAGAAUGAGAGAAAAAAAACAUGAUAAUGUCUGAAUUCUGAAUUAGUUCUUCCUAAGUGCAUUUUUUGCUUUGGAUUAUGUUCACUGUAACAGAGUCUGUUCUUUUAGUUUUGUUGGAAGCAAGAUAACGAGUGUUUUGUUGGAAUAUGUGUAUACAUUGGUGAGGAUAAAAGCCAAAGUGCUAAAGUCCAUGUUGCCUUAAGCAUCUUGUUAUUAUGAACUCCUUGUUUUCAGAAUUUUGAAACACAAUAAAACCUUAUUUGUCUGUGAGCCUUCCAAAAGCUAACAUUUCAUAUUUUUUCUUGUAAUGUCUGCAAUAUUUGCUGCAAUUCCUAGAGAUACUCAGAUUUAUAGCUGGUUGAAUUGUAAUUUGAAUACUUUUUUAAAAACACUAACAUUAAGCUUAAAUAUUUUUGACAGUACGAUUGUAAUAUAUUGAUCGUGGAAAUGUAUUUAUAUUUAAGCUGUCAAAUGUUUAUAGAAAAAUAUAUAGAAUAAUUUUUAUAAUAGUUUAUGGAAUUUCUCCAUUCUAGUCUUGAUCAGAACACAGCACUGUAUGAAUGAAAAUUAUUUAAAUGUAUUUUUUUCAGGUAUUGUGUUAUUACCUCUCAGUUUUUUACACUGAAUACAAGCUUAGCUUUAACAGUACUUAAGGAAAAAUCUUCCUGUAAUUCACUGUAGUCUGUUUGGAUACCUGUAUUUGUUAAUAAAAUGUACUUUUACUAAUAAUUUUU